UUUUCUAUCGGUGCUGGCACUGGACCGCGUGUACUGUUGCUCUCCAUGUGUUGUGUACAAGAUAAUUUGAGUGUGACAGUGGCUGCUGCUCGCUGCAGCUCCCCGCCCAUCCCCAUCAGUCCGAGACUAGACAGAGGAGCGGCGCUUGUCACAACCGACUACUGAAGAACUGACACAUUCAUUUUUAGUUAGUGGUUUUGUGCUUUUUUUAUUUGCACAUAAGAGAAGGCUUUGCAUUUUAGCUUCUGAAGUGAUAAACUGCUUGCCAACUUCGUCUCACUGGGAACUAAACUAUGAGCCUGAUACUCGGUAUAAUAGACCUUGUGGUGUUUGUGGCAUUCAGCUCCUGGCUGGCUCCUGCAUAUGGAUCACCGUUUGGCAGGGAAAUGUCUAGCUCGGCAGCAGACAAGGAAACGGAUUUUGACAGCCCUUUUCAUUACGAUUAUGAAUCUCUGAGAAUCGGCGGCCUGGUUUUUGCAGUGAUACUAUUUGUCAUGGGUAUUGCUCUCAUUCUCAGCCGGAAAUGUACCUGUCCGAAGCCAAACAAGUAAAGGUCCAGGGGUCCUGAUGUGGAAUCAGGUGUUCCAAAGACUUAGUAGACACAGUAGCAGAGAGCAGUGGUCAUCCGUGUUACUGAGUGGUGCCUUUAGAUGGCAGCAAAUACCAUGAUCACAGCUGAGGAUAAUCGUUCCAUGAGCACACAAAGUUCUUUCAGUGUCACUGUUACUGUGCCCCUUUUUUUUCUUAAUUUUUAUGUUUUUCGUCAUCAAUAACUAUUACUAGAUAAUGCACCACCUUUAUUAUACGGUAGCAUUAGCGUGAUUUGUAUUUUUGCAAGUUUCAGAUUGAUUCAAAACAAUAAAACAAAUGUAUUAAAAGGUU